CCCACGACGCCGCGUGGGGGCGGGGCUUGUCUCCAGGUCCUGCCUCCAAGCGGCUUGACCAAGGGCGUUAGGGCGCCGGGCCUGGCCGGCGAGAUGGCGGUGCUGGAUAAGAUCGUCUCCUUCCUAAAGAUCGCGUGGGCCAAGCAGCCCGUCCUCGUCGUCUCCGCCGGCAUCAGCAGCGUGGCUAUUGUGCUGCCCUUUGUCAGCCCCUACAUCAAGUACACAGAGAUGGCCAAUAGAGCCACACCCUAUGUCUAUCCAGUGCCAGUACGAGAUGAUGGGAACAUGCCAGACAUCCCCUCUCACCCCUGUGACAAGGAAGGGCCCAGCUUGGAGUGGCUGAAGAAUAUGUGAGGUGCCCAGUAAGAGCGAGUUGAUGCCCCCAUGGUGAAGUUGGUUGUACAGCCAGAGCAUCGCAUCAGUGCUGUCUGCUGCCCCCUUGCUGGUUAUGAAUGGUUAAGUGUUUGGUUUGUCCUUGUUCAGAUGUAAUAAAUAUUUGACUUCCAGGAAGAA